UGUAUGAUGUUGGGAAGCCUCAGACUGAGGUAUGACUGAUGAGCCAUAUAACUGUACUACCUUCAAUGCCACUUAUUCAUAUAUUAGCUGCCACUCUCAAUGCCAAUUUAAAGGAAAAUCCACUCAAAAAUAUUUUGGUAAUUUUGUUGAUACAGUCCCAAAAUGUUUUGUAUUUCCACAUUCAAGUUGUCAAGAUAUUGUUCUUUUAAGAAGCAAAGUGUUACUGGCCACAGCAUCAUGAUGAUGCAAAAUGCUGGAUGACUGAGGAAUUCAGAGUCUAAGUCAGCAUGUCUGCUGUAUUUUGAAAGUAAAAUAAAAGAUGCUUAUAAACAGUUUAAUAGACAAUUCACCAUUUAAAUUGUACAUAUUCAUGAUACUACAUAUCAAGAGGCUAUCUUUAUGAACCCUGUUUGAAUAUCAUUAUGGUAUUAGUCAUUUUCUCACCAGCCAAACAUACCCACAUGCAGUUGACUUCUUAAAUAGAAUAUUAGCUUCAUCACACAGUGUGUGAAAGUUGCUUGUCUUUGCUGAAUUCCUCUCUCUCUGUAUGGUAAAGCAUGCAUAUAUCACAGAACCCCAAGGGUCCACUUAGCUUGGGAAAAAUCAACUAAUUCGAGCACAGUGUUGAUUCAGCACGUGCCCAUUAGCCCUUGGUGGCCUGUUAUUAAGGUAGUUUAGCCUGAAAGCCCUCCGAAGAAAACUGCACAGUCAGCGCAUAUGCUUGUCUUACUUUUUUACGUUUCUUCUUUUGCAGUUCCAAAUCCUAAAUGCAAAUGCCCAUGUUGUGUUGUUGUGUUAGACUCUACUACCAUCUACUGUUGACUGUUGUUGUUGCACUGGACCCCAAAAACAUUUAUGAUGAUAUUUCAGUGUUUUGCUGAGAAUACUGUAGAUUCAUAUCUAAACAAUUAUUGGCUGAAGGUUAAACCCCCAUGGCAAAUAAAUGCAUUGAAAAAAUAUAGUCAGUUGUGAAAUUAAAUGCCAUUACUUUCUGAUUUUGAAUUUUCAUUGUUUUAUUGAUAAUGUCUUUCAGCCAGACUAUUGACAUUGGAAACUGUAAUGGUAGAAUGUAUUAUAAUCUCUCCAAAUAUGGAUAUUAUAAUUUGUAUAGUGUAUUUUUUCCUAAAUGCUUGACGUAAGGUGUUUCUCACUUUGUGGAAUAAAAAGGUUACCCUCAUGACUUGUAUGAGUUGCGUCCAUAGAUUUGAUGCGCCCUUUGUGGGCAAUGGACGUAGAUUACAGGUCAUACAGUCCUAGAUUGAUACUACCUUGGUUGGUGGUAGCCUGUUGCUGGGCAAGCAAGCGUCCAAGGAUCCCCAGAGACUACACUAUUAACGUUGCUUAACAGUAAUAGAUGGAAAUGCAUCUGACUCUUACCUUGCUUUUUUUUUUUUAUCAACAAAUGCGUUAUUUCACAGCCAACGAGCUGGCGCGCGUACAGGUUGCAAGUCAAACAGCUACAACGUUACGGAUUUAUUUUCUCCCACACGCAGCCCCGGAAGCAGAAAUACACCUCACUUGGGUUUUGUUUUGUUUUGUUUGUUAGUAUCUGGAGUUGGAGAAGAGGUAGCGCGUGCAUGGGGAGUUGCACCUUGGGAAUGGAAGAUGAACACAUUUCUCUGAAUGUGUAUACGUGUAAAAUGCCGAGUUUUGUCAGCAGAUAUGACGAAGAGACAGUCUGCAAUCCUUCAGAAAUGCUUGAUAAAGUUGAGACAUCAGGCACAGAUUUUAUUCAAGAUGUCAGGGAAACAAAGAUCCAAACAUCAGACGGUGACGGGAUUUUGGAGACGCACACACACAGGGUUACGAGAACGGGUAGUAAAGAAAAUGUUGAGGGAUACAGUUUCAGGAAACCGACUGCAGUGGGUAUUUUGAGGAGGAAUUUCGGGACGACGAGAUCCCCUACGAAUUUCAAAAACAAUUCAGCAGAUGACCAAAAACACCCAGAGGAUGCCAUGGUAGAAAUAGUUUUAAAUGAACGAAUUGAUCAUGUGGACCUUGAAAAGUCAAGUGGCCGUGAAACGAAUGUAAAAGAGCAAAUCGCAGAUCACACAGAGGGAUUAACGUCAUCCGAUUUGAAUGAAAUUGAUGUAACAUAUUCUGACGAUAUUUGUGAAAGUAGCAGGGCUGACGACGAUGUCGUACAGUUAAAGGAACAUGUUUACUGUACUGUAUACUGUAUUGCAAACGAUAACUACAGGAAACCGGCUGACAAUACAGGAGAACACCAAUAUAAUGGGGCGAUAACUCCGUCAACAUCAAACGUCAUUACAAAGCCAUCCACAGAUUUGCGGCAGCAGAGCAAUCUGGAAAUGGGCCACCACACCGUUUCCGAUCCAUAUACCCUACCGAACCUGGUUGAUCCUAGAACUCUGAGCAACUUUUACAACGGGGAUUACAAUGAAUCAGUUGUUUUGGCAUGUCGCAUCUGUCUGGACGACACACACAUAAAGCCGUUACUUUGUUGCAAGAAGGCUGUCUGUGAGGAAUGCCUGAAAAUAUACAUCAUUUCACAGGUCAGGGUGGGCAGAGCGGACAUCGUGUGCCCCAUCACAGAGUGCAGUGGUUACCUGGAGGAGAGCCUGGUGGUGUCCCACCUGGGCAGUGAGGAAGUGGCCAAAUACAAAUACUUCCUGGAGCUGAGCCAGAUUGACUCUAGCACCAAACCCUGUCCCCAGUGCAGCCAGUUCACCUCGCUGAAAGGACACACCCCCAGCAGGGCAGAGCACAAAUACAAGAUCCAGUGCACAAAGUGCCAGUUUGUGUGGUGCUUCAAAUGCCACGCCCCCUGGCACGAGGGCCUGAAGUGCCGGGACUACAGGAAAGGGGACAAGCUGCUGCGUCAUUGGGCCAGCAUCAUCGAGCACGGCCAGAGGAACGCCCAGAAGUGCCCCCACUGCAAGAUCCACAUUCAGAGGACGGAGGGCUGCGAUCACAUGAACUGCACCCAGUGCAGCACCAACUUCUGCUACCGCUGUGGGGAGAAGUACCGCCACCUGCGAUUCUUCGGGGAUCACACAUCCAACCUCAGCGUGUUCGGCUGCAAGUACCGCUACCUUCCUGAGAAGCCCCACCUCCGCCGGCUGGUCCGGGGGUCCGUGUGUGUGAGUAAAGUGGUGGUGGCCCCUGUUGUCAUAGUCCUGGUGGUGGUUGUCGGAGCAGUAUCCAUGGUCAUAGGACUCGUGGCUUUUCCUAUCUUCUACAUCUGUAAGAAGAGACGGCAGCGCACCCAGGGUACUGGCCGUUGGCACUGAGCUGAGGACCAUGGCAGUGUGGUCAGGACCCUGCUCCAGAUACGAAGCCCAGGGAGGGGACACAUGGAUUUGGGGGGAGGUGGGAGGGUUGGUCUCCAUUCACAGCCUGAGAAGAGCAAUGCUUUCCAGUGGCCUUCUCUCUCUACUGCAUGUUUACCACAACACUGUAUGUGGCUCCUCCUCCAGCCUGUGGAUCUAACGGCUCACAGAGCAGUCUACUCCUGUUCCGCCCAACUUACCUCCACAGUGUCUGGGCUCCUAUAGCAUGGCUAGUGAAACAGAAACACAUUAGGUAGAAUGGGAAAGAGUUACUGAAGACGUGUGGGUGAGUCUAUCACCAUUCUUUUGCGGACCCUGAGCACCUGCAUAUUUAUGACAUUAUCAGGGAUUUUAUUGUGGUGCGUACAUACAGGUAACUACCAAAAUGAAGGAAAAACUUGAGUAAAUGUGGGAUACAAAGUGCAGUGCAUUCAGAAAGUUUUCAGACGCCCUUUUCCAAUGUUUUGUUACGUUACAGCCUUAUUGUAUUUUUUCCCCAUCAAUCUACACACAAUACCCCAUAAUGACACAGC